AUGGUUAACCAAAAUUCCCUCCCUCUCUAUGAGAAAAUAUGGAUCAAACACUCAUUUUCAAGAGUUAUGGAUUCUUUGAUCUUACUCCUCCUUCUCGUGCUUCUUGGUUACAGAUUUUCAUCACAUGAGAAUCACAGUUUCCCUUGGUUUGUUGCAUUUCUAUGUGAAUCAUGGUUCACCAUCACUUGGAUUACCACCUUGUCCACCAAAUGGACUCCGGCUCGUACCAAAACAUUCCUCCACCGUCUCGCACAUAGGGUAUCUGAAUCUGAGCUUCCAGCAUUGGAUUUGUUUGUGACAACAGCAGAUCCAGUUCUUGAACCACCAAUCAUCACAGUGAACACUGUCUUGUCAUUAUUGGCACUUGAUUACCCUUCUAACAAGCUAGCUUGCUAUGUUUCUGAUGAUGCUUGUUCACCUCUUACCUUCUAUGCCCUUCAAGAAGCUGCAAAAUUUGCUGAAAUUUGGGUACCUUUUUGUAAGAAAUACAAUGUACAAUGUAGAGCACCUUUUCGAUACUUCUGCGAUGAAGCCGUAGAUAACAAAGAUUUGCCAGAAUUCAAACAAGAUUGGUUGAAAAUGAAGGAAGAGUAUGAACAACUUAGCAGUAAAAUUAAAAAUGCAGCUGAAAAGUCGAUUCCGUGUCAGCUUAUGGGAGAAUUUGCUGUAUUUUCACAAACACAGGUUAAAAAUCAUCAAACUAUAAUCAAGGUAAUUCAAAGAAACAAAGGUCUUCCUGAUACCAUGCCUCGCGUAAUCUACAUUUCUAGAGAGAAGAGUUCAAACCACUCGCAUCAUCACAAAGCUGGUGCAAUGAAUGUCUUGACAAGAAUCUCUGGAUUGAUGACAAAUGCGCCGUUUAUCCUAAACUUAGAUUGUGACAUGUAUGUGAAUAAUCCUAAGAUUGUACUACAUGCACUUUGCAUUUUGUUGGAUUCGAAAGGAGAAAAAGAAGUCGCAUUUGCUCAAUGUCCGCAACGAUUCUAUGAUGCUGUGAAAGAUGAUGCUUAUGGAAAUCAGCUUGUGGCUUUGCCUAUGUACAUAGGAGGUGGAUUUGCUGGACUUCAAGGGAUUAUAUAUGCAGGAACAAAUUGUUUUCAUAGAAGAAAAGUUAUUUAUGGUCUUUCUCCUAAUCUUGACAUUCAAAAUGCAAACAAGGAUCAUGGCUUCACCAAAGGAACAUUGUUAUCAGAAAAAGAAACAGUGCAAAUAUUUGGAACCUCAAAGGGAUUUGUUGACUCAGCUACUUAUAUUUUGAAAGGGACUACAUUUGAUAUUUACAAAUAUCUUGAACUUGAAGAAGCAACCAAAGUUGCUAGUUGUGAUUAUGAAUACAAUACUGCUUGGGGUAAACAGGUGGGAUGGUUAUAUGGAUCGACAUCAGAGGACGUACUAACUGGGCUUAAGUUUCACACAAAAGGAUGGAGAUCCGAGCUUUGUUCACCAGAUCCGAUAGCAUUUAUGGGCUGCUCACCGCAAGAUAACUUGGGCCAAAUGGCCCAACAUAAGAGAUGGUCCUCAGGGUUGUUUGAUAUCUUUCUUAGCAAGCAUUGUCCGAUUUUCGGUACCCUAUUUGGUAAACUCCAAUUCAGAGAGUGUUUGGCAUAUAUUUGGAUUACUAAUUGGGCCUUAAGAUCUCUCCCUGAAAUUUGUUAUGCCCUUCUACCUGCCUAUUGCAUCCUUUCUAACUCCAGUUUCUUGCCUAACAAGGAACUCGGUAUGUGGAUCCCCGUGACUCUAUUUGCGAUAUACAACAUAUCUACUCUCUCCGAGCAUAUAAAAUCAGGAUUAUCGUUCCGAACAUGGUGGAACAAUCAAAGGAUGGGAAGAAUAACAACCAUGAACUCUUGUUUUUUGGGAUUUUUAACUAUCAUACUUAAGAAUCUGAGAAUCUCUGACACCGUUUUUGAAAUAACAAAGAAAGAAGAACUACCUUCUAACGACGGUCCCAAUGAAAAUGUCGGUAGGUUCAUUUUCAAUGAGUCACUUAUUUUUCUACCAGGGACUACAAUUUUGUUUGUUCAACUCAGGGCACUUAUGAGGAGUUUUUGGGCAUGGAAACUGAUUGAGAGUGGUGAAGGAUUUGGAGUAGGAGAGGUUUUUUGCAGUGCUUAUGUGGUUUUAUGUUACUUGCCAUUUUUGAAAGGGCUUUUUGGGAAAGGAAAAUAUGGGAUACCAUUUUCUAUAAUAUGGAAAUCAAUGGUGCUAGCUUUCCUAUUUGUUGAGUUAUGUAGUGGCAUUGUUGCUAAUUGA